GGGAAUCUACAUUUAACCUGAGCUCACCUGGUCCACCAGCCCUUCAUCCAGCAUCACCAACAACAACACAACAGCCCAUCAGAUUGACCAGCAGCUUUACAGCAUCAGCAGUUCUCUGAUACUUCCAAACAGUGACAUGGAUCUGAAUUACAGCUGUGCAGUCAGCACUGGCAGAAACAGGACGAGAGCAACCUUCAGGCAACAAGGAUUAGUGACUGGGAGCCAGUCUGAAACAACAAUCCACUGUUCCCCCUCACACACCCCUGUAACAAACCUCAUCUGGAGAUUCGACCACAGUCAGAUCAUCCUGACAAAGACUGACAGUCAGUACACAGUCUCAGAGGAGUGGAAGCAGCAUGUAAAGGAUGUGUCAGAGUCAGGCAGCCUCACACUGCAGGACUUCUCCUCAGAUCAGGAGGGAACAUACACGUGUGAACUCGCUGAUGCUGUGGAGACUAAAAUAACUAAUAUCCUCGUGGAGAUCAAUGAAGGGAAUUCAUCCAAUGUUGGAGCAAUCGUAGGAGGGGUCAUUGUAGUUUUAGCCUUAUUAGUAACUCUCCUGGUACUGUGGAAUAAUCAGAAAUGCUGCUUUUCAUGAAUCACUGAAGCCAGUUUUCCUGUGAGGAAAGAAAUGCCAUGUGACACCAAACAAUAUUUACAAAGGAGUCUCAGGGUCACAUGAAGGUAAAAUAAUGUUUUAUCAGUUUUUACACUAAAAGUGUCCCACAGAUGCUGCGACUUUUGUCCAAACUGCAGUAUUAGUGUAAAACCUCAACAAGCAGACGAGUGAGGACUUUGAUGCUGGGAAGGAAACAGAAAGAAGAGUCUGUCUGCUGAAUUCAAACUGGGAGCUGGUUCCACAGGAGAGGAUUCUGAAAGCUGAAGGCUCUGCCUCCCAUUCUAGUUUUAAAGACUGGGAAUCACCAGUACGACUGCAGUCUGACAGCGACGUGCUCUGUUGGGAUCAUACGGUACUAUACGGUUAUUAAGAUGUGAUGGGGCCUGAUUAUUCAAGGUGUUGCAUGUGAAAAAUGUGUUGAACAAUUUCUAGGAUAAGUUUGAAUACUGUAAUUGUUUCUGAUUAUAUUCUCAGAUUUUCCCUGCUGGUUCUUACAUAUCACCCAAUAUUUUUAAUCUCAAGCUUCUUGGAUUAACUGGAUGUUUAUUUGGGAGUUUUUAGAACAACCUGAUUAUAAAUGAAUUACAACCGUCAAGCCUGGAAAUAAAAAAAUAAAUGUGAACAAAAUCUCAUUCUAAAGCAGACUUUCACUAACUCUGCACAAAAAUUUGCAGUUUUACAUGAAAUAUCAACUUUAUAUUGACAUUUUUACGUUGGUGUUGAAAUAUUUUUAUCAUCUGUAAUUAUUUUUUCCAUGUAAAUCUCAAAGCAGUAUUAAUAUGUUCAGUUUAAUGAGUACAGUUUACUUUAGAUUUUUUAAAUAUUUUAAAAACAUCUUCAAUGCCAACUUUGAAUGCUCACAUUGUUCCUGGAAUCAAAUUAGGAGCUGAAAUAAUUUUGUCUCUCAUGUAAACUCAACAGGAACUUUCAUAGAUGGAAAACCUGCUUUAGAUCUGUUUUUUGAAGUCAUCUGGCUAACUCGUGAUUUCAGUGUGAAUGGUACCACAGUUUGAGCACUUUGCAUGGAUGUUUUUAUGUAUCAGACUCUUGUUUCUACUCUGGAUUUAAACAGUAAAGACAAAAGCAGGGAUAGAUGAACUGGAACAGAGGCAGCUGCUUUGUAAGUGACCAGUACAGUCGUGGCCAAAAGUUUUGAGAAUGACACAAAUAUUAGUUUUCACAAAGUUUGCUGCUAAACUGCUUUUAGAUCUUUGUUGUCAGUUGUUUCUGUGAUGAACUGAAAUAUAAUUACAAGCACUUCAUAUGUUUCAAAGGCUUUUAUCGACAAUUACAUGACAUUUAUGCAAAGAGUCAGUAUUUGCAGUGUUGGCCCUACUUUUUCAGGACCUCUGCAAUUCAACAGGGCAUGCUCUCAAUCACCUUCUGGGUCAAAUCCUGACUGAUAGCAACCCAAUCUGUCAUAAUCACUUCUUAGAGUUUGUCAGAAUUAGUGGGGUUUUGUUUGUCCACCCGCCUCUUGAGGAUUGACCACAAAUUAUCAAUGGGAUUAAGAUUCCAGGCCACGGACCCAAAUUUUCAACGUUUUGGUCUCCGAGCCACUUAGUCAUCACUUUUGCCUUAUGGCACGGUGCUCCAUCAUGCUGGAAAAUGCAUUGUUCUUCACCAAACUGUUGUUGGAUUGUUGGAAGAAGUUGCUGUUGGAGGCUGUUCUGGUACCAUUCUUUAUUCAUGGCUGUGUUUUUGGGCAAAAUUGUGAGUGAGCCCACUCCCUUGGAUGAGAAGCAACCCCACACAUGAAUGGUCUCAGGAUGCUUUACUGUUGGCAUGACACAGGACUGAUGGUAGCGCUCACCUUUUCUUCUCCAGACAAGCCUUUUUCCAGAUGCCCCAAACAAUCAGAAACAGGCUUCAUCUGAGAAUAUGACUUUGCCCCAGUCCUCAGCAGUCCAUUCACCAAACUUUCUGUAGAAGAUCAAUCUGCCCCUGAUGGAUUUUUGGAGAGAAGGGGCUUCUUUGCUGCCCUUCUUGACACCAGGCCAUCUUCCAAAAGUCUUCGCCUCACUGUGCGUGCAGAUGUGCUCACACCUGCCUGCUGCCAUUCCUGAGCACGCUCCGCACUGGUGACACUCUGAUCACGCAGCUGAAUCGUCUUUAGGAGACGAUCCUGGCGCUCGCUGGACUUUCUGGACGCCCUGAAGCCUUCCUAUCAAGAACUGAAUGUCUUUCCUUGAAGUUCUUGAUGAUCCUAUAAAUUGUUGAUUUAGGUGCAAUCUUAGUAGCCACACUAUUCUUGACUGUGAAGCCAUUUUCAUGCAACGCAAUGAUGGCUGCACGCGUUUCUUUGCAGGUUAACAAUGGAAGAACAAUGAUUUCAAGCAUCACCCUCCAUUUAACAUGUCAGGUCUGCCAUUCUAACACAAUCAGCCUGACAUGAUGAUCUCCAGCCUUGUGCUGAGUUAAGAAGAUGAUUACUGAAAUGGUCUCAGCAGGUCCUUUAAUGACAGCAAUGAAAUGCAGUGGUAAGGGUUUUUUGGGAUUAAGUUCAUUUUCAUGGCAAAGAAGGACGAUGCAAUUCAUCUGAUCACUCUUCAUAACAUUCUGGAGUGUAUGCAAAUUGCUAUUAUAAAAACUUAAGCACCAACUUGUCCAAUUUCCAAUAUUUAUGUAAUUCUCACCACGACUCUUGAAGGAAUCACAUCCUGACUCACUAUUGAUCACAUCUGGACGUUCACUCGGAGAGACUCUGCUUCAGUUAUAAAUACACUGGGUGCCCCCAUCAGCUCAUUAAA